AUGGUCAACACAGAAGCCGCACUCCCAGUGGGCGGAGACACAACUCCGAUAACAUAUGAAACGGUGCUUCCAGAACUUGGACGUCUACUUCUUAGUCAACAAUUACCAUCCAUAGAUGGGAAAAAUGUUACAGUGGAUGAAAUUGCUGCUGCAGUGGAGAAAGCAAUCGCUCACAUCAAGAGCAAGAGAGUAUUUCUUCAACUCCAAAUUCUUCGACCAGAUUACAUACAAUUUCUUAUCGACCGUGAAGCAUGGGAGACUUUUUGCGGAGGACCAGAUCAAAAGGAACAUGUAAAUUACAGACCCUUUCCUGCGAAAGAUCCUCGAAUCGAUAAUCCCCUUCCUCAAUACUUCGACCCUGGCACACUCACCCCCGACAGCUAUGGUCUCAUAUACCGCGACAAUGUCCACCCAUCCUGUCCCAAUUGUAACUGUGGCGCCAUAUCCUCACGAUCCGAUUAUAAAGAUCAAAAACCCUACCGUGAUGGUGGCAUUCGCAUAACCACUCCUGAAGAAGAAUUUGCGGCUUUUCGCGUGAGACUUGAAGCUGAGUCUAAGAGAUUGGGUUACAAGAAUUCUGAUGAGCGUUGGGAGAAGGAAUGUGCGCUUCAACAGACUGAGGAUGAAGAGAAUGAAAAAAAGGAGCUUGAGGCGAUGAAAUUGGCUAAGUUGGAGGCAGAAGCGCAGGCUAGGGUGAGAGUGACGGAGGAGGCAAAGGGUGUUGUGAAGAAGAAGGGAAACAAGAUGUGGAAAUGCAUAUCUCGUUGUUCCAACAUGUAA